GGGAGGGGCUUGACCUCACACUCAGAUCUCAGAUGUGUGCACAGCUUGUUGCCUGUUUCUAUCAGGAACCUCAGCACUGCAUUUCUGGAAAAAAAAAAGACCAAAGUGCCUUUCAAAACCGGCAUCUUUGGAGGAUAUAUUUCGUGAUCUGGAACAGUUUCCUGACUCUUGUCUUUCCCUACAGACGUUUGCAGAGCCUGAAUGAGAAGACAGCUUUCAGCUUAAAGUUCCUGCCAAGAUGUUUCCUUUGCAAAGUCCACAGAUGCUGCAGAUGCUAGAGAAGUCCUUAAGGAAGAGCCUCCCCGAGUCCUUAAAGGUCUAUGGAACUGUCUUCCACAUAAACCAGGGGAACCCAUUCAAGCUAAAGGCCUUGGUGGACAAAUGGCCAGAUUUUAACACAGUAGUUGUGCGCCCUCAGGAGCAGGACAUGACAGAUGACCUUGAUCACUACACCAACACCUACCAAAUCUAUUCUAAGGAGCUCAAGAGCUGUCAAGAAUCGCUCGUCUCCUCAGAUGUCAUUACCUGGAAACAACAUUUACAAAUCCAAAGUUCACAGUCCAGCUUGGAUGAGGUGAUACAAAGUCUUGCUGCUGCUAACUUGGUCCAGGUCAAGAGAACACAGUGCAUUCUGUACAUGAUGCCUCAGACAGCAAGGAAACUGGUGCCUUUCCUGGUGGAUACAAAGAACUUACGUCCUGAAUCUGGGGGACCCCAGAUCAAUAACCAUGAGAUGUUUAAACUCUCAUCACUGGAUGUGACCCACGCUGCUGUGGUGAAUAAAUUCUGGCAUUUUGGUGGCAAUGAAAGAAGCCAGAGAUUCAUUGAGCGCUGUAUCCGGACCUUUCCCAGCACCUGUCUUUUGGGACCUGAAGGGACGCCUGUGUCAUGGGCCCUGAUGGACCAGACGGGGGAGAUGCGAAUGGGAGGCACUGUGCCUGAGUACCGGGGCCAAGGCCUCAUCUCCUACGUCACUCACGUCCACGUCCAGGUUCAGGAGAAGCUUGGCUUCCCUGUGUAUAACCAUACGGACAGAGCCAACAAAAUCAUCCAGAAAAUGAGUCACAAUCUGCAUCAUGUCCCCAUGCCCUGUGACUGGAACCAGUGGCACUGUGUGCCUCUGUGAAGCUGGCCCUGAACGCAAGUUAGCCUUGGAUAGGCUGUGAUGUGGCUGGAGGCGUGGAUGAGUAGACAGGGAGAGAACAAAUCAUAACCAGUGCUAUAGGAAUGGGCAUCGUUGGGCUCUGGGGAAGCAGUGUGAAUGGUUAACAAGACCACCGUGGUCCCUGCACUCAAGUUACCCUACGGAUCCAGCAGACCUGGCAUGGCCAGACCUCUCUGUAGUGGUCACUGGCCUUGUUCAAUUUCCUACCCUUCUGGAUUCCAGUGCCACUUUUUUCUGUUUACCUGUGUGAUUCCCUACUGCUUCUCCUGGAACUCUGGUCUCACACAUUGAUUAUUACCAAUGGCAGAUACCACUAGUUAUGUCAAGAUGUGGCUUUACCUGAUAGAUGGUAUUUUUCCGUCUCUUUUCCUAGGACCCCUCUAUUUAGUGGUCAAUUAUGACCUGUCUUUGACAUACAUAUAUUUUAGUGAUCCUUUCACUGGUGCUGUCAGGUCUUUUUAAUAACCAUGUUGCUAUACUCCCUGUGCAAAUAUAUGGCGGUAAGGGCUACUAUACCUGAGAGACUUAUUUUUUAAAAUAAAUUUAAUUAUUUGUAUUUAA